AUGGCGGCUUCCGAGGCCGUGGAGCAGGAGAAAGUCUUCCGUACAACAGGGCCGCCUACUGACUCGGAGCCACGCCCCCUCCCGCCCAGCUCCCGGAAGUUUCCUUUUGAAAGCGUGGCGGCAAGCUCUGCCCAGAGCCGGGCGGUUGCUGCCGAGCAUCUUUUGAAAGGGGAAGAAGAGGACUGCGGGCGGGAGCAGCUGGAGCUUGGGGCCCAGUCAAGCCGCCCGGCUACGAUGGCCAGUGCUAAGACGGUGUGCGACACGCAGCCCCAUUCGUUGCCGAGGGCCGGCCUGGCCACAGAUGCACAAACUCGAACUACUUCUAAGCUUCCUGUUAAGUCCAAAGAAGCUGAUGUGUUUAGACAUCUUCAUCCAGGAGGUUCAGAUCCUGAUGUUACAAAAGUCACCAAAACAAGACGAGAGAAUGCGCAAGUGAGAGCUGCAGAGGCCCCCAGCAAGAAGAACAUCAGGAAGAGCUACAAACCACUGAAUAAGCAAAAACCAGAGGAGGAACUAAAGGAUAAAAACCAGCUCCUGGAGGCUGUCAACCAGCAGUUACACCAGAAGCUGGCAGAGACUCAGGGAGAGCUGAAGGACCUGACCCAGAAAGUGGAGCUACUGGAGAAGUUUCAGGAUAACUGCUUAGCAAUUUUGGAGAGCAAAGGCCUCAGCCCAGGCAUCGGGACCCUGGCAUCACAGCGGGAACCUACUACAGAUCACACGAACUCCAUGCUGCUGCUAGAAACUUUACAAGGUGAGCUGAAGGCUUUCAAUGAAACUGCCAAGAAGCAGAUGGAAGAGUUACAGGCCUUGAAGGUGAAGUUGAAGUUGAAAGAAGAAGAAAGGCUCCAGUUCCUGGAGCAGCAAAACGGAUGUAAGGACCAAGCCAGUGACUUCACAGUAGUCCUGGAGGAAAUGGAGCAGCUUUUAGAGAUGUAAUACAAGGCAGUGUGGCCAGACGGCUUCUUCCUGGGGCAAACUCCCAGAGGAAGCCCCUUAGGGUAUCCUCAAGGACUCACCAUCCCUUAUGCACUGUAGCAGUUAAUCUUACUUAGGGUAGUUGAUGUGGAACGGGGUUCCUCCUUAAGCAGACUGCCCACCUUCAGACUGCUCAGCUCACCUGGCCUCACAAGGUGCUUGCUCAUGGAGACCUGCAAGAGAGGGACCUAGAAGCUUGACUCCACCACCUGCGCAACAAAGCACCAACCCUCAGAGCCUGGAUGCUAACCCAGCCAGCCACCUUGGAGAAUCCAGAGGCUCUUAUGCAGAAAUGUGGGAGGAAAGCCUUCAUACAACAGUGCAUAUACUUACUGUACAGGAGAUGUCACUGAGAACCAUGCUGUCCCCUUCUUUGUCCACCCGGUUAAGCUAAAUUCAUGAACUUGAAAUUCUUGAAGUUUUUUUGGCUUAAUAAACGGGGUGGAGGUAUAUAUAACACCUACCUGCAACAAAUAGCACUUGGAGCUUUUAAGUACUGCUUUUGAAAUAAAUACAUAUGUGAAUUUUCAUAUUCUGAUUAGCACUGAGGAAUGAAAUAGCUUUUUAGCCCAGUGUGGUGGCUCAUGUCUAUAAUCAGGACUUGGGAAUCUGAGGCAGGAGAAUUGCCUUGAAUUAGAGACUAGCCAAGGCUUCAGAGAUCCUAUCUCAAAAAAGGAGGAAAAGGGAGGGAGGAAGGAUUAAUUAGCACUUCAGUCUAGAUAGAUGAGUCGAGCAUACUGGGUAAGUUCAAGGCUUCCUGACUUCUGUGGUGUAUUUUUCCCUCCACCUGUUACUUGCUUGUAACAAGCCCCCUUGCCGUCCAGGUCACUGGUUCUUCUGCACUGUGGGCCAUGUCCUAUUCACCAUGUUUAUGGCCAGCUGCUGUCUCUGUUGCCUGUAUGUCUGCAGUUUAUCUAUCACAGCCAACCCAGAACCUCAUCCCACAGGCCCUAUGGUCUCUGUGGUUUAUGGCCUGGCACCCAUGGUAGCCUCCCACUUGGGGUCACCAAAAGUGCUACCAUGUUUCCUUUCUUAAUUGAAAUAUUCCAGCUUUUGCUUUGGCUAUCUCCCCUUGGUUUUGUGCCUUCCACCAAACCUGCCUAAUAUAUCCUUCUAAAUCACUAAGACUGCCCAGAGUCCCCUAACCCAGUGAAGCCAAGUCAUACCCCAUACUUAUUUUCUUUCUUUUUCAAAUGUAUAAAAUGGCUUAUAAUGUAAAGGCACAAAUAAGGACCAUCACACAGUAGAUAAAGCAACGCACCUUCACCAUAUGCAAGGUGGGACUCCAGGAGGGGUGGCUAUAGAGGAAUGCAUUCUGGGUUCCUUUGUGAUGCACGAUCCUUCCAAGACUCUGGUGAAGUCCUGAAUGGUAUGCAGAGUUCAGAUGAGGGGUGGACAGCCAUGCAGUCUCACAGGAGUAUGCUCUGCUCAUGCAUGCAGGAGACCAAAGGACACUCACCAGCAACAGGAUCCACUAUGGGAGCGUGUGACCCACACCAUCACUUUGAGAUAGCUGCCUUACUAUCAUAUGCCAUUCUUGUAUCUAUAAAAACUAAUACUGAACAAUGA